AGAUGAGGGAAACCAAGAUAAUGAUAUUUCCCUUUAAGAACAGAUCGAUCAAUGAUGCUUCUGGAUGGUGACUCGUGGAAUAAUGAAAGUCAGAAAGAACUGUUUCAAAAGAAAGAAGAUGAUGCUCCAAUGGCAAAUAUAUAUUGUGAAUUUAAAGUCUGAGUUUAUCAUUGUGGUCUGAUUGACCUCAAGAAAGCUUGGCUUCUGGCUUUUGGACCAAUCAUUUUAGUACCUUCACUGAACUCUCCAAAUAGUUCAUCUUAAGAAUAUAUGUACCUUCUCCUUUCCUCAAAGCCAAGUAGUUGCCAGUAGGGAUGUACUCUUGGGGAUGAUAUUGGAAGAGGUGCCUGGAGAAAUGGAUGCUAGAAGAAAACACUGGAAGGAGAAUAUGUUUACUCCUUUUUUUAGUGCACAAGAUGUUCUAGAAGAGACUUCUGAGCCUGAAUCUUCUUCUGAACAAACGACUGCAGAUAGCAGCAAGGGAAUGGAAGAAAUUUAUAAUUUGUCCAGUAGAAAGUUUCAGGAAGAAAGUAAAUUUAAGAGGAAAAAAUAUAUUUUCCAACUAAAUGAAAUAGAACAAGAACAAAAUUUAAGAGAGAACAAGAUAAACAUUUCAAAGAAUGAAACAGACACAAAUUCUGCAUCCUAUGAAUCAUCUAAUGUGGAUGUUACAACAGAAGAAAGCUUUAACAGCACAGAAGAUAACUCUACCUGCAGUACAGAUAACUUACCAGCUCUACUAAGACAAGACAUAAGAAAGAAAUUUAUGGAAAGAAUGUCUCCAAAACUUUGCCUGAAUCUUUUGAAUGAAGAACUGGAAGAACUUAAUAUGAAAUACAGAAAAAUAGAAGAGGAAUUUGAAAAUGCUGAAAAAGAACUUUUGCACUACAAAAAAGAAAUAUUCACAAAACCCCUAAAUUUUCAAGAAGCAGAGACAGAUGCUUCAAAAAGUGACUAUGAACUUCAAGCUUUAAGAAAUGACCUGUCUGAAAAAGCAACAAAUGUAAAAAACUUAAGUGAACAGCUCCAGCAAGCCAAAGAAGUCAUCCACAAAUUGAACCUAGAGAACAGAAAUUUAAAAGAAGCUGUUAGGAAGUUAAAGCAUCAAACCGAGGUUGGAAAUGUGCUCCUAAAAGAAGAAAUGAAAUCGUAUUAUGAAUUAGAAAUGGCAAAGAUCCGCGGAGAGCUCAGUGUCAUCAAGAAUGAACUGAGAACUGAGAAGACCCUACAAGCAAGAAAUAACAGAGCCUUGGAGUUGCUUAGAAAAUACUAUGCUUCUUCAAUGGUAACAUCAUCAAGUAUCCUUGACCACUUUACUGGGGAUUUUUUUUAAAACUUAAAAAAAUCCUUCCAUUAGGCAAGUCAUUGAGCCAAAUCAGUGUUUAUUGUAUUUUCUUUGCGUAUUACUUAAAAUAUAUGUAAUAGGAUGUUAUUUUCAUUUUCAGUAAAUCACAGUAUCUAUAAAACAUAUACAUGUUUCCAAGCUUCUGCUUUCUCUUUCUGAUGAAGUUAUUGCAGGAAUACAAAUGGAAACGAAGCUUUGGAAAUCUCAUAUCAGAGUGUGUGUGUGUGUGUGUGUGUACACACACACAUAUAUUCACUCAAAAACACAUAAUGAUUCACCAAAUCAUUUAUGAAUACAAAUCAACAGCAAUUUUGUGAUCUCGUAAGCAAAUAUGUCUUUGGCACGUGAAUAUUUUUCCAUCUGUGUUCAUUGAUGUUAACAAUAAAAAUCUUGUUUAUGUGUAUAA